UAGCUCAGCAUUCGGUUUGCGAGCGUUGCGGAUGCUCGUUCGCCCUGGAAGACUGUUCGAGCGUAAGCGAAUUUUCGUCGCGCGUGUUUCAAGCACUGCGUCAUCACAAGGAGAACGCGUAUUUUCAAUCAAGUUGACCAGUAUGGCCUCCUAAAGGACGUCGUGCCGCGUGGCCGAAGAACUUCGGCUCCAGCUGAACAAGUGUCCGGAGCUGUCCACGAAUUUAUUUGCGUUGUGCGCCCGGAUCCGCUGUGGACUUUGGAAUUUACCCCCGAUUUAUUUCGGUAUCGGGAGUGCUCUGCACGCAGCAAUGACGACGGCCUGUUCAAAUUAGUGGUGGCAAAAGUGUCCGGACGUCGUCGCAUCAAAACGCACCAUCUUCGAACAUUUGUGACGAGUAGCGGCGCGCUAAACAAUUCAAAUUUAUGAACGGCCCGUACUCGGGGUACAGUCCGCUGGCCAAAAUGAACCUCAACAUCAUGGAGCCGUUGGCCGAAGUGGAUGGGUUCGAGCCGCAAACGCGGGCUCGUUCCAACACGUGGCCUUUGCCAAGGCCGGAGAAUUUCGUGGAUCCGGAGGAUGGGACGCAGAGCGGCGCGGGGCCGGGUGGGAUGUCCCUCGAAGGUGGCAACAAGUGUCCUGUGCCGGUGCCUGUUUCCGCGAUACCAACCAAAAAAAAUUCGAGUCGACGGAAUGCGUGGGGUAAUUUGUCCUAUGCGGACUUAAUUACUCAGGCCAUCACAACAUCGCCGGAUAAACGAUUGACUUUGUCGCAAAUCUACGAGUGGAUGGUGCAAAAUGUGCCCUAUUUUAAAGACAAAGGUGACAGCAACAGUUCGGCAGGAUGGAAGAAUUCCAUUCGGCACAAUCUAUCGCUACAUAAUCGAUUCAUGAGAGUACAAAAUGAGGGAACUGGCAAAUCAUCGUGGUGGAUGAUUAAUCCGGACGCAAAACCUGGAAAGUCACCGCGACGAAGAGCCGUAUCGAUGGAGACGAGUAAAUUCGAAAAACGACGAGGAAGGGUGAAAAAGAAAGUCGAAAUGAUGAGGAAUGGAACGUUGCCCGAUCAGCCUCCUAGUCCCAGUUCCUCCGUAUCAGAGAGCCUGGACCUCUUCCCAGAGUCUCCGACAAUCCACAGUUCCGGUGGCUUCCAGAUAAGUCCUGAGUCCCGGCCAAGGGCUUAUUCCAAUCCCUCAGUUUAUAGUGGCGGCGGUUUCCAAUUGAGUCCCGACUUCAGACCGAGAACGUCGUCUCAAUCAUCAGCUAGAUUGUCCCCCAUUCCUGCUGUGGGCAUUGAAGCUGAAUGGGGCUCGAAUUUUACCAGUUCCAGCUUCAGCAAUCCCGACAUGCUCAAUGGAACGGCCAGUGGCGGCACCAAUGGCGGCAAUUAUUCGCCCGAUCAACUAGCUGGCAAUUUAGAGCAACGGAUGAAACUCGAACCUGGUCAAUAUAUGGGAUAUCUGAAUCGACAGAACACUCCCAACCAGCCUCCUCCGCCAUACAAUCCAUCGAUGUUCAACGACUCCUCGUUUCAGCAUAGGGAUUUCGGAUCUCUAGCAGGACAGUUUCCCUGCAUCAUACACAGGAUGGAACCAUGCACGUGUAUGCAAACCUGUGUUAAAGUGGAAAACAUGUCGCCUAAUGGCAUGUCACCGACGUAUCCACACUCCGAGCCCUCACCCGAUCCAUUGAGCACUCACCAGUUUAUGGAGGCUCGAUUGCCGCCCAGGCCUCCAUCCUCCAGUCCUCCACUAACGCCUCAAAGCCAAGGAACACCGUCCACUAUGAUGGGUCAGUAUAUUGGGGCGCUAAACGUCGGUGAGGAUCUAAACAUUCACGUCGAUUCGUUGCCUGGAGGAUUCGACUGUGAUGUCGAGGACAUCAUUCAACAAGAACUGAACGCAGAAGGCUGCCUAGAUUUUAACUUCACUGGACAACCGCAGGCGAUGGUGCAACAAAAUGCUGACGGAGGGCUGGUGAACGGCCAAACAGCCGCUCCUCCAGCUUAUUCUCAGGCUGUAGUGACGUCUCCUUCGUGGGUUCAUUAGUAUGAAGGAAAAUUAGAUAGCAUGUUAAGGAAAAGCCAACGCUACCAAUUUAAGUCACCGCCCAAAUAAAACCAAGUUAUAGGUAACUGUCUAGGGAUAAGCUGCGAUGUUUACAUUAAUUGUUGUGCAAAAAUAAACAGUUGACAUUUAUGUGAUUGCGGCCGUGCAAAUGAACAAAUAAGCAUGAAUUCAUUCAUCUUCACCCAUAAAAAACGAUCGCAUUCAAGCUCAUUUGUUCAUUACACGUUUGCGGCGUAAUAUUGUUAUAAUAUGAUCUCGUGGUUUAUGCUCAUCAUUUGUAUACAUGUUUGUACAUAAUAUCUAUAUACAUGCUUAAAUGCAAUAGAGUAUAUGGUUAAAUAUAUUUAUAUAAUUUAACUGGCUGAUGGUUUUAAGGAAGUUUUUUCAACUGAGAUCCGUCUUUGUUUCUUGGGAGCGAAGCGCAAGAAAAUGGACUGAUAUUAUUCUUAUCCCUAAAGCCCUAAGCAUGCGUGAGCUCAGCUAAGGAAAUUUCUUUAAUACAAUGCACUGGUUUUAAGGAAGAUUUGCCGAGGGUCUGGGCGAUUUCAGUUUAAAAGCUAACAUUUGCUACUUGUCUUUAGUACUCCUUGGCCUAUCAGCGAAACGAAGAAACAUUUCUGAUUCCAUUCUAAUGCGCUUACCAAGGGGUAUUGAAUAUAAGUAUGUUUCCGUCUUAACAUUAAGUAUUUUUCUUUAUAAGAAAGCCUCAAGAAAGUGUCAAUUACUCUAUUUAUUCAACUUAGGACGUAAACGCUGAAACUGCCGACUUCUUAGGCCCUGCUGGUGACGCAACCAAUCGAUAACGCAAACUGAAAUAACUGUUCAAUUUUUGCUCUGGUGCCAUUUUUAUUACUUAAGAUUCUUUAGUGUAGGAGGGAAAAGCGGUGUUAAGUUUGUAGCUGAAGCAAAGGGUCGUGAUUGGCAUUAAAACAAAAAAAAAACGUUCAAAUGCCUAACUAGAAAAUGUUAAAUAAAUUCGGUUUAGCAGCUGCUAUAUACGCUCUUUCGUCUUUUACUUUUGCGACGACCAAAAAUGUGCAGGGAAGUUAAAUAUAAUUUGUUUUUAUGAUAAGGGAUUGUAGGGGAUGUUUUCACUGAUGAUCGGAAACGAAACGUUGUUACACUAUUUAUGGUUUAUUUAGGUUAAUCUCGAUAACGUUGGUGGAAACAUUCUGUAUAUCUGGGAGUUGAGGGCCAGCCACAAAUUGUGAAACAGUUGACCGUCAAUUGCCAGCUAAAAUGUUAUAAACAACGAAGGGCUUUGACUUUAGUUAGAUUGAUUCUAGGUGUAUAAUUAUAAACAAAUUGUCAAGGGCGCCGUUUUCGUUUCGUUCAAGUCACGGUGUAUAUAAACUAUAUGUUCAGCUUUCGGUGAACCCUUUGUUUUCUUUUGUUGUUUAAUUUGUAAUAUUUUUUUAUAAUUAAUCUAAUGUAAUACUUUACGAAUAGCGGUAGGUGGGAAAAAUUCAAACCCUAACAAACUGUAAUGGGAGUCUUCCACGAAGUGUAUGGGACGUUUUUUCCACCGCCACCACUUACCCCAUCUCGUCAUUGCGGUACUGGUCAUUCAUCAUGUUUCCGUUAUAUUUUUAUAUAGUUUCUUAUUUCAUUUUAAUUGUCAUUAAUUUUAGAACUCUAAUUUUGUUUUACUUGUAUAGGAUGAAUUUAAAAUAUAGAUGUCUAUUUAAGAUUAU